AUGGCGACGGGUCCGGCUACUCAAUCGCUGAAGUGCGUGGUGACAGGUGACGGUGCAGUGGGCAAAACAUGUCUUCUGAUCUCUUACACAACAAAUGCCUUCCCCGGGGAGUACAUUCCGACCGUGUACGUGACCACACAAACCAGCAAUAGCGCCCUCGAUUCCAACCUAAAGAUGCCAGUAAUGCUAAUACCCAGCCUCCGCAGCUUCGACAACUACACGGCCAGCGUGAUGGUCGACGGGCGACCGAUCAGCCUGGGCCUGUGGGAUACCGCCGGACAAGAAGAUUACGACCGCCUGCGCCCGCUCUCAUACCCGCAAACCGACGUGUUCCUGAUCUGUUUCUCGAUCGUCAGCCCCCCGUCCUUCGAUAACGUGAAAGCCAAGUGGUUCCCUGAAAUCGAACACCAUGCCCCAAACGUCCCCAUCAUCUUGGUCGGCACCAAGCUCGAUCUCCGCGACGAUCGCCACACUGUUGAAACCCUUCGAUCGCGGAAAAUGGAACCCGUCUCGUACGAACAGGCGCUGGCUGUUGCUAAGGAGAUCCGCGCACAUAAGUACCUCGAGUGCUCUGCACUCACGCAACGCAACCUGAAGAGUGUCUUCGACGAAGCUAUCCGGGCUGUUCUGAGCCCCCGCCCCACUGCCAAGUCUGGGAAGAGGAGCAAAUGCUUGAUCUUGUAA